UGUGUACAGCUGCUGUAAAUCGGGCGUGAGGAGAAGAAGUGUGAAUCCUGCAGCUGUCAGGAGCUCAGGACGACCAUGGACAGAGCCCACAACCCUGCUCUGUAGGACCGAGCACACCGAUCCAGACCCGGAGGACCGGCGCGGACAACUUAAUCCACCGCCGCCGCUGCUGCUGCUGCUGCUGCACUCCGACACGGCGGAGGACUCCUCCCGUCGGUCGGUCGGUCGGUCGGUCCCUCCCUGCUGGAAGACAAUGUGGCUGAACCCGGAGGAAGUCCUGCUGAAAAACGCUCUGAAGCUCUGGGUGACGGAGAGGAGCAACGACUUCUUCCUCCUGCAGAGGAGGAGAGGACACGGAGAGCACACCGGGAGGAUCACAGGUCUGCUGGUCGGGGCGCUGGACACCGUGCUGGACUCCAAUGCCAGGGUCACACCAUUCCGCAUCCUCCUCCAGGUUCCCGGCUCCCAGAUCAGCUGGGUCAUCGCCAGCGGAGCUGCCAUAGAGGAGGUGAACAAGCACUGGGACUGGCUGGUCCACAACCUGCUCCACUCUCUGACCGUGUUUGAGAACAAGGAGGAUGUCGCCAGCUUCGUCACAGGAAAAGUCAAGGGCCUCAUCGCAGAGGAGGUUCGGGGCCGCCAGGCCGCCCAGGAGGACGACCCGGAGAAGUUCAGGGAGGUGCUGCUGAAGUUCGAGCGGCACUUCGGCCUCCCUUCGUCAGAGAAACUGGUGACGUACUACUCGUGCUGCUGCUGGAAGGGUCGGGUGCCUCGGCAGGGCUUCCUCUACCUCAGCAUCAACCAUGUGGCCUUCUACUCCUUCCUGCUGGGGAAGGAAGUCAAGUUUGUGAUUCCCUGGGCGGAGGUGACACGUUUGGAGCGGGUCUCCACUGGACUGAUGACGGAGGCGGUCCGGAUCACCACACGGCAGCGGCAGAGGGAAUUCUCCAUGUUCCUGAACCUGGACGAGGCGUUCGGGGUCAUAGGUCAGCUGGCUGACAUCGCCCUCAGGCGGCUGUUGGACAGCGAAGGCCUGGAGCUGGACCGAGUCCUGCAGCAGCCCACACGCAUCACCAAGAGACUGUACGAUGACAGCGUCACUGAAUCACAGGCUAUGAUGCAACAGCUUCACAUACUGAGUGACAGCAUGCUGCAGGGUUAUUACUUCUUCAGCUCUUCCUCUCGUCAGGUGUUGUCUAUAGAGAAAGCAGAGAGCACCAGUUUGCUGCCGAACCCCGUCAUAGUGAGCAUUCGGACCAAAAAGGCCUUCCAGCUGAUCGAGCUGCAGGACCGAGACGAGCUGGUGGAGAGCCUGAACUCCAGACUGCGAGCGCUGCAGUGGAAACAGUCCAUGUUUCGCAGCAGGAAGGACGGCAAGAGGAGCGUGACCUCCCCGACACCAUACUACACCUUCUACUACGACAGCAGCUACUCUGAUGAAGAGGAGAAAGAGGAACAGGCUCUGCGUAACACCGUCAACAGCGAGGCUCUGAUGACGGCCUUCCACCAGAACCAACCAGGAACCAAUGGCAACAAGAGCAUGGAGCAGGUGAAGGAGCGGCUGUGGGAGAAUCACUUCACAGAGUUCGGUCGUGGCGUCCACAUGUUCCGCACAGAGAAGAUCCAAAGGCUUGUUGCCAUGGGGAUCCCAGAGUCACUGCGAGGGGAGCUGUGGAUGAUGUUUUCAGACGCGUCUUCAGAGCUGGAGUCCCACCAGGGCUAUUACACCAGCAUGGUGCAGAAGUCGAUGGGCCACAGCAGCCUGGCUACUGAGGAGAUUGAGCGGGAUCUUCACCGCUCUCUGCCCGACCAUCCUGCCUUUCAAAACCCUACCGGCAUUGCCGCACUCAGACGUGUCCUCACUGCCUACGCUCACCGCAACCCCAGGAUCGGAUACUGUCAGUCGAUGAACAUCCUGGCAUCAGUGCUGCUGCUCUACGCUAAAGAAGAAGAAGCUUUCUGGCUGCUGGUGGCUGUUUGUGAGAGGAUGUUACCUGACUACUUCAACCGCAGGGUCAUAGGAGCUCAGGUGGACCAGUCGGUGUUUGAGGAGCUGAUCAGGGAGCGUCUCCCCGAGCUGGCCGAACACGUUCCAGACCUCUCCACCCUCUCCUCCGUCUCCCUCUCGUGGUUCCUCACCCUCUUCCUCAGCGUCCUGCCCUUCCACAGUGCCGUCUGCGUGGUCGACUGUUUCUUCUUCCAUGGAAUCAAAGCCAUCUUCCAGCUGGGUUUGGCGGUGCUGGAGGCCAACGCUGCUCAGCUGUCUGCAAGCACGGACGACGGGCAGGCGCUCAUGAUCCUCACCAGUUUUCUGGAGCAGGUAGGAAGUGAAGAGUCGUCCAGUCCUCCGUCGUCCCCGCCGGCUGCAGAGGAAACCAGCAGCAGCAGUGACGCCGAUGUUUUCACCGUGCGACACACGAACAUCACCGACCUCAUCAACGAGUCGUACGAGAAAUUCGGAGACCUGACGGUGAGGCAGAUCGAGAGGCUUCGCUGUCGACACAGAAUCCAGGUGCUGCAGGCUCACGAGGACACGGCCAAAGAAAACGCUCUGAGGCUGGUGACUCCAGAUGUCUCCAUCUCUCCAGAGGACCUGGCCGACGUCUACGACCUCUUCAAGACGGAGCACUUCAUCAGUCUGUACUGGGGCGACAGCAGCUCUGCGGCGGCGGCGGAGGCUGCGGCGUGGCGUCACGGUGACUCCGGUCACUCCUACAUUGAGCGGCAGUACCGGCUGGACCGGCCCCAGUUUAAGAGCCUGUACGGGCUGCUGGCGCCGUGGCCCGGCGGCUCCAACCAGCACUCUGACACGCUGGCCAACCGCACCUUCACCCUGCUGGACCAGGAACGCCACAACCUGGUGACCUUCAGAGACUUCGCCGGCUGGCUGGACACGUUAUACUGUGAAGAGCUGAAUGAGAAGAUCCGGCUGCUGUACCGUCUGCACAUCCCUCCAGCUCUGACAGAAAGUGAGGAUGACCCCUCUCUGAUGAAGAGCCCCCUGCUGUCCACAAACAGACCCCUCUAUGUCAAUCUGCCGUCCGUGACAGGUGUGGAGAGUGAAGUGAAGGACUAUCAGGAGCAGCUGAAGCAGAUGCUGCAGGAUCUGGUCAAAGAGAGGGAGAAAGAUGUGGAGAAACCUCUGCCGCUCAUGAACCAGCGUGAGUUCAUCCAGUUCUGUAAAACGCUCUACAGCAUGUUCCACGGCGACCCGGAGGAGAACGACCUCUUCCAGGCCAUCGCUACGGUUACCAGUCUGGUGCUGCAGAUCGGCGAGGCUGGUCACCGUGGAAACAGCUCGGGGUCAGAGGUCAGCAGCCAGGGGGAGGUGACCGCUGAAGACACUGGAGUGAAUGCCAGUGGAGGAGACGGGAGCUCACCGGCAGAGAGUGACUGGACGAUCAGCUACGCCCAGAUCCUGGCGUCACUGCUCACCGAACAGGCGCUGGUCAACUUCUUCGAGAAGCCGCUGGAUCUGACCGCCAAAAUCUCAGAGGCCAAGGAGAAGCAGUAUCAUCAGAGGGCGGGGCUUCUCACGCUGCAGCAGGGGAGCAGCUGACUGACACACCGACUCUGAGCCGCCACACACACACGUUCGAUUUCUAAUGAAGAAAACUACAGUAUCAGUAUCGCAUAGCGCAACAGGACCUGACCUCUGACCCCACACUGACAGGACGUCUGACCUGACCUCUGACCCCACACUGACAGGACGUCUGACCUGACCUCUGACCCCACACUGAGAAGACAUCCUGACCUGACCUCUGACCCCA